AAUGCGACAGAAUCAGAGCAAAUAAUAAAAGCAAUUGUACAAAUACAUCCGUAAUUUUUCUCUACAAUUUAUUUUCAUUUGACAAUUGUGUUAUUUUAUUGGUGUCUUACUGUUUGAAUGCAGCAGUGUUAAUUACAACAGUCUGAACGUGGAAAGGUUCAAAUGAGCUGCUUACCACAACCUACCCUUUUAUUGUGGGUGCUGCUAUUCUGUUCAGGUUUGCAAAAAGCUACGGCGGAGUUUGGCUGUGCGUGCGCGGGAAAAUCUGGAUGUCGCUGCGAUGGAAUAAAAGGUGACAAGGGUGAGAAAGGGUUCCCUGGGCCUGUGGGACCUAGUGGACUGAUGGGUUUCCCUGGUCAAGAAGGUCCUCCCGGAAAUGCAGGUCCACAGGGAUAUCCUGGAAGGACAGGGCCACCCGGACUAAAAGGUUCAAGGGGUAUACCUGGCGCACCUGGCUUUCCAGGGUUUUCAGGUCUCCCAGGAACCCCCGGAAUUGGAGGUCCGAUGGGUCCUCCAGGAAUCCCAGGAUGCAAUGGAACUAAGGGUGAUGUAGGGUUUCCAGGAUACCCAGGAUCACCCGGUGCUCCAGGGGAACCAGGGGCUCCAGGUGUUCCGGGUCCACCGGGGUCUCGUCCGUUUGUCUCCAUACCCAAUGAUUUAGCGUUGAAAGGAAAACCUGGUUUGCCAGGAUUGCCAGGAUUUAAGGGUUUGCCAGGAUCCCCAGGACGGCAAGGCCCACCAGGGGAAGCGGGGUUUCAGGGCUUUCCUGGGCCAGCUGGACCCCUUGGAGACCCAGGCCCUAAGGGCUUUGAAGGGGCACCCGGAUUCCCUGGACCCCUGGGACCAAAGGGCUCCAGAGGUCCAACAGGCACUCCUGGUCCACGAGGAGUAAAGUUAUAUGUAGAAGGACCUAAAGACUUAAAGGGGGAUCCAGGGGACCCAGGUGACCCAGGCCCUACAGGUACAAGUGGGCUUGAUGGAAUUCAAAUUAAGGGCCAGAAAGGUGAGAGAGGAGAGCCGGGUGACCAGGGAAAAUCAGGAAAGGACGGCAUUCCUGGUGAACCAGGAAAUCUGGGGAGGAAAGGUGAACCCGGUAGUCCAGGACCUCCUGGGAUUCCUGGAUUUCAAGGGCAAAAGGGUAUUUUAGGUCCUGGAGGUCUUCCUGGUGAUGUAGUAGAUCUAAAUGGCCCCUCUAAAAAAGGGGAGCGUGGACCUCCAGGCCCAUCAGGUCUACCAGGCCUGCGUGGUCAACCAGGUCCCAUAGGUUUUGAAGGUCUACCAGGAAACCCAGGGCAGGAAAACCCUGGUAACCCUGGUCCGAGAGGACCCCCAGGUGGUUUUGGUAUGAAAGGAGACAGAGGCGAGCCAGGGAAACUCAUUCGUGGGCCUCCAGGAACAAAGGGUCCUCCAGGAUCCCCAGGGUAUCCUGGACCACCAGGGGCCAAAGGACUUCCAGGUGGUGUUACGCAGAAAGAGGGGCCGCCAGGGUUUCCUGGACCUGAUGGCAGCACGGGGCCUCCAGGAGAUCGAGGGCUACCGGGACCCAAAGGUGACCAAGGAGAUGAGUGCAGAAUAUGUUCAUUUGCCAGAGCCAUCCCAGGGCCUCCUGGCCCCCCUGGCAAACCUGGCCCUGAAGGACGUCCAGGAGUACCAGGCGAUCCAGGGCCCAAAGGCACAGUAGGACCUUUUGGAGCGGCAGGGCCUAUGGGUCCGCAAGGCUAUCCAGGUAUACCAGGAGGAGCAGGCCAUCCAGGGCUAAAGGGAGACCCAGGGAACAUGAAUAGCACAGGGAGCAGGGGUGAGGAAGGCUUGCCUGGAUGGCCGGGCAGUAAAGGACGCGAUGGUUUGGAUGGAAUCCCUGGGAAGCCCGGGCCUCAAGGUGCACCGGGUGCAAAAGGAAAUCCAGGACCUCCUUGUUUGAAAGGUGACCAAGGCUACCCUGGUUCCCCAGGCACCCCUGGUUUUCCAGGGCAGAUGGGAGAGCGAGGACCAGUGGGCUAUGGCUUAGCAGGUGCUAUCGGGGAGAAAGGAAGACAAGGAGUUCCUGGUCUGCCUGGAGAACUAGGACCAGCAGGAGAGAAAGGAGACGAUGGUCGCGUAUCAUUUUCUCACGGGGUGCCAGGAAUGCCUGGAGAGGGAGGUGUACCUGGACAACGAGGCAAGCCAGGAACACCUGGAGUAACUGGACAGGAUGGUUUUCCUGGUAGUGUUGGUGCUAAAGGUGAAAAGGGCAUCUCUUCAACAGGGUGCCGUGGGCCCCCAGGAGCCAAAGGCAAUAGGGGACACGCGGGAGCAGAAGGACCCCCCUCAAGACCAGGAAUGCCAGGAAGAACCGGACCAAAUGGCAUUCCGGGGAACCCCGGGUCAAAGGGCAAUGGGGGAUUUGGAGUUCCAGGGAGCAAAGGCAGACAAGGUCCUCCUGGGGAUGGUGGGCCUGAAGGUCCUUUUGGGGAUGGUGGACUCCCAGGAAGUCCAGGGCCACCUGGAUCCCCAGGACAGGAGGGAGCCCAAGGCCCUAAAGGGGAUCUGGGUUGUACAGGACUGAAAGGUCAGCCUGGCAUUCCAGGGAACUGUCAGAGAGGAUCUUCAGGGCCAGCAGGCUAUCAGGGUUCAAAAGGACCCACUGGAUUUCCAGGUUUAAUUGGGGUUCCUGGUCUGAAAGGGAACCCUGGUAUAGCAGGACUGGAUAUCACAGGACCCCCUGGAGAAAGUGGGUUACCUGGGGCAAGGGGGAGGCCAGGGAAUCCUGGGUCAGAUGGACAGAAGGGUUUCCCAGGCCUGGAUGGAGCACCUGGGGCACGAGGCCAAGAUGGUGAACCAGGUCUUCUGGGGAUAACUGGACUAAAAGGAAUUGAUGGUUUUCCAGGAAUCGCUGGAAGACCUGGACCUAAAGGUUUUAUAGGCAAGGAUGGAGAACCAGGAUCUAAGGGCAGGUAUGGACAGAAGGGGGCAAAGGGAGAUAAUGGACUCGAAGGACAAAGCAGUAUUGAAGAAAUUCAAGGAUGCCCUGGGGAUCCAGGGAUGCCAGGGUUACCCGGGCCAAGUGGACUCAAGGGUGACAGAGGACUACCAGGGUAUCCAGGAGUUAGAGGGAAGGAUGGAACCCCAGGGUCUUCAGGACCACAAGGGUCUUUGGGUGAUCCAGGUUUUCCAGGUGAUCGAGGAGCUCCAGGUUUUCCAGGACCAGCAGGCGAAGCUGGGGAGAUGGGAAUUCCAGGGCCUAAAGGAGAGAAGGGGUCUUCGGGGGUUCCUGGAGUCACUGGGUCUGCAGGUUACCCGGGCACUCCUGGCAUUAAAGGGAGAAAAGGAGAACCAAGUUUAGAAGUGUAUGGCUGUCCAGGACUAGAUGGAACCAAGGGUGACCCAGGCAUUCCAGGUCUGGAGGGAGAAAGAGGGCAGACUGGGAUUCCAGGGCUGUUUGGAAACCCAGGUCCUGACGGAAAACCUGGAGAAAGAGGAUGUGCUGGAAUCCCAGGACCUCCAGGAAUACCAGGCCCAUCUGGUGAAAAGGGGACUGAUGGAGAAAGCGGUCCUGCAGGAGCCCCUGGACCAAGAGGACUUUCAGGUACCACAGGAGCCCCUGGUAUUCCUGGAGCCCCAGGUGAAAAGGGGAAACAAGGACAUGAUGGCAUUCCUGGGCGGCUAGGAGAAAAGGGGGAGCCAGGUAUUCCUGGCCAAAUUCCAGGCGCCAAUGGCCUUCCAGGCCCAAAAGGAAUCAAAGGGGAUUUCGGGCCACAUGGCCCCCCUGGGCCUCCAGGUUAUCCAGGGCCAGUGGGGGACAGAGGAGUUACUGGACCCAAAGGACCUGCUGGAAACUCUGGUCCACCUGGGAAUCCUGGGAUUGGGAUUCAAGGCCCUAAAGGAGACAAGGGUCAACCAGGCCCACCUGGAAGACAUGGAGAUCCUGGACCUUGUGGACCUGCAGGGCCAGUAACGCCUUCUGUCAAAGGAGACAAGGGCUUGAGAGGUCCUCCUGGAAGACCAGGUCAGGCAGGCGUUGAAGGGGAUGCAGGCCCUCCAGGAAUAACAGGUUUUGACGGUGAUCCAGGAUUUCCAGGUCCCAAAGGUGAUCCUGGUUUUGUUGGUCCUCCUGGAGCAACAGGAAUGAAAGGUGACCAUGGAUUUACUGGUGCUAAGGGAGCUAAAGGGUUAAAAGGAACUUCUGGGCCAGCCGGCCCCCCGGGAACACCUGUGAGGGUGUCGUUGGUGCCAAUACCAGGUGAUCCAGGAUACCCAGGAGAAGCUGGGAGACCCGGAGACCAAGGGGAGCCAGGAGCGCCAGGAACACCAGGCCCUACAGGGCAGCCAGGGCCAAAGGGAGCCCCAGGGCAGAAAGGCGCACCAGGCAGAUCUGGCCGCUCAGGACCAAAGGGGGAUAACGGUUAUCCUGGAAGGAGAGGGCCACCUGGAUAUUUAGGACCCCAAGGCCCUAAGGGCCCUGAUGGACCUCCUGGAACUCACAGAACUAUUAGGGAUAUUGAGGGCUUCAUCUUCACCCGUCACAGCCAGUCAAGAGCCAUUCCUCUGUGUCCAGCUGGGACAAAGCAGCUCUUUUCUGGCUACUCUCUUCUGUUCGUAAAGGCCAAUGACAGAGCGCAUGGGCAAGACCUAGGUACUAUUGGAAGCUGCCUACAAAGGUUUUCUACAAUGCCAUAUUUAUUUUGCACAGUCAGUGGUACAUGUAAUUUUGCUUCAAGGAAUGAUUAUUCUUACUGGCUUUCUACUGAUCAGCUAAUGCCAGCAGACAUGGCUCCAAUCUCGGGUGGAACUUUAGAACCAUUUAUAAGCAGAUGCACAGUCUGUGAAGGUAUUGCAAAUACAAUAGCAGUUCAUAGUCAAACAACAACAACACCACCCUGUCCGAAUGGGUGGAACUCACUCUGGACUGGUUUCUCAUUUGUAAUGCACACGAGUGCAGGUGCUGAAGGCUCUGGGCAGGCACUGGCAUCACCAGGUUCCUGUCUUGAGGAAUUUCGGCCUGUACCAUUUAUUGAGUGCCACGGCAAGGGAACAUGUAACUAUUAUGCAAACUCUUACAGCUACUGGCUGGCAGCACUACAGUCUUCUCAGAUGUUCAGGAAACCAAGACCGCAAACAAAGUCUGGGACACUUGAAACUAUCAUUAGUCGCUGUCGUGUCUGCAUGAAGCAAUAGAUAAAUACCCUCAAUAUAAUACUGCUUUUCCAAAAGAACUGACUGACUGGCUUUGAAAUAUUUAACAACUGUGGAAUAAUACAGGCAUUGAUGAACUCUGAAGAUUAUAAAAUACUGUAUUCCCAAUGUGCUUAAAACUGUGCCUUAAACUUUUUUAGUUUAUCAAGCACUUUUUUUCUAACAAAGCAACAGAUUAUUGUAUCGAGAUUAUAAUACACAUAAUGGUGCUACUGA